GUUCUCUCCUCUGAAGCUCGGAGCUCACAGCUCUCCCUAACCCGUACGCAACUCACCAAUACGCUACGCUCCUCUCACCUCCACUCACACUUCCCUCCCCCCUCCUGGUCAAUGGUUGAAACUCCGACAGGCUGCAUGGCACUCCCCCGGUUGCCCACAGAAUCUCACAACCAUGCCGUGUCACGACCAUCAUACUAAGUAUCUACUUCGUACUUGUAUAGUCCUGGUCCUGUACGGAAUAUCGCGGCUAUAUUCUACCUGUCAUGUCAAUGAGUUUUGCAACACCACAAACAUUAGAUCAAGCUCAGUAAACCUCAGUGAGCUGCCAAUCUCCUCAAUUGUCCGCUCUCAUCGUAACGCUGGUGUUGCUGGUUGAUACUCCUUUGCACAACCACCACCAGACCGCCUUAUACUUCAACCACUCUAAUACUGACGUCGAUCUUGCAGAUUCUCUGCUAUGUUUGAAAUCGACGAGUGCAACAUUCCCAUUGUGCGGACCCGUCAAGCUCUUCUUCUCCUCGACCUUCAAAACGAUUUCAUUUCCACGGGCGGCCUAUUACCCGUAGAAGAACCCGCGAAGUUUGUACACAACAUCCUCACCCUCCUACCACGCUUUCGAAAUUCCGGCAACAACGUCAUUUGGAUUCGUAGUCAAUUCGAAACUUCUCGAUCGAUCAACGAUAACCGCCGGAAUAGCGAGAGCGUCAUAACCGACGACCAGUUAAAACCUUCUCGUCGAAAGGGCGGUCGAAGGAAGGGGGCCUCUACACGGAAGCCAUCGCAGAAACUUCUCGAUCAACACAGCCGAAUUGCUCUGAGCAAUAGUCAGGAGAUUGAAGAUGGCAGAUUGCAUGGAGAGGACGGGGCCGAGGCGGACGAGGUGGACGAUAAGUUUGCCAUAGACGAGACAUUCUUAACCCUCCCACCCGGACACCUACCACGCGUCGUCGCACCUGGAUCUUCUGGAACCGCCUUUUCACAACGGGCGUAUGUAGGAGCGGAUGAGGCGAGUGACUUGUUUUAUUGCAAAAGCUAUUAUUCGGCUUUCAAAGAUGGAAGGCUUGUGCAGCUUAUGCGGGCCAGGUUCAUCACAGAGAUAUUUAUCUGUGGCUCAUUGACCAACAUAAGUGUCUUUGCAACGGCCAUGGACGCCGCUCGGCAUGGAUAUACCAUCACCAUUCUUGAGGACUGUUUGGGAUAUAGAAGCAAAGCAAGGCAUGAGGAAGCAUUGAGACAGUUAACACAACAAACUGGAUGCGAUAUAAUAAGUAGCAAAGAGCUGAUGGAAGAGUUGGAACGCAAAGAAAAAGCGCGAUCCAAAGCUGCUCCAAAGGCUCCUCAACGCGAUUCAAAGGGUGGUAGCUUGGAAGCGUUGAUGGCGAGGAUGAGUAUCAGACGAAGGCAUGAUUCAAGACAUGGCGCUAUUGACGAGCCAGUGAAUGAAAUUGUGGCACCGGAAGUCAAAGCAUCUGAGUCACUAGAAACGGUUCGGAUAAUCACGAAAGAGGUCGAGGCACCAAGGAAGAGAGAGAGAGUUCCAACAAGGAUACGGUCUCGAAGGCGCCGUUCUAAAUCAAAGGCGUACGAUAAAAGCGAACCACAUUCCAUCAUCCUCCAUCAAAGAAGCAUCUCACCCACCUCUGCAACAUUACUGGGCGCCACCGAAGCACUCGAGAAGAUUUCGAUAUCAACAGAAGUCGAAUCAAAACGUACCACUACCAUUGCAUCAUCCCCACAAUCUAUCAGCGAGGAAAGCGAAUCUUCAAUAUCAACCAAAUCAAGUGAGACAAUGGACGAUACAAAGCCUAUCGCCGAGCGUCCGGCUUCGAGCCACUCUGAGGAAUUCUUUUCUGUGGAAGAUAUACCUCAAGUUGCCGAGGAGGUCCAGAAAGUAAUUGAGAAGAUUGAAGAGGAGGUAGAAGAAGCUGAACCAGAAGUUGCCGGGGAUGAAUUGGAGGGUAUUUGCGAAGGCGACACAAGUGUCAUCACGAGCCUACUUCCAGAAAAUGAAGCCGAUGGAAUAUUUGAAAGACUUCGUGAUGAGAUUCAAUGGCAAAAGAUGUUGCAUCAAGGUGGUGAUGUUCCACGUCUUGUUUCUGUACAGGGUAUGAUAGGAAAAGAUGGAAGCAUACCCAUCUAUCGACACCCAGCCGAUGAAUCUCCUCCACUCAAACCUUUCACCAAGACCGUUUCGUUGAUUCAAUCAAGGGUUGAAGAGGCACUUGGACACCCAGUCAAUCAUGUAUUGAUACAAUUCUAUCGAGACGGAUCGGAUUAUAUCUCAGAACAUAGCGACAAAACCUUGGAUAUUGUACCCAAUUCAUUCAUUGCGAAUGUCAGUCUUGGCGCAAAGAGAACAAUGACUUUCCGAACUAAGAGGAAGCCUGUUGCUCCUGAUCCUAAGCAUUUACCACCGCCUCCUCGCCAGACUGUUAAGGCUCCUCUUCCACAUAACAGUUUGUGCAAAGUUGGUCUAGCCACCAACAAAAAGUGGUUGCAUGCGAUCCGCCCGGAUAAGCGUCUGGAGUCUGAGAAAUCUCCUGAAGAAUUGGCUUUUGAUGGCGGUCGUAUCUCGUUGACUUUCCGACAUAUUGGUACAUUUUUGAAUAAGGAUGAAACGAAAAUCUGGGGUCAAGGUGCAGUGUCAAAAUCGAAAGAAAAGGCUUCAGACGUGAUCAACGGGAGAACACCUGAGGCUGAGGAAAUGAUUCACUCUUUUGGAAAGGAGAAUCAACGUUCCUCCGAGUUUGAUUGGGAUGAAGUGUAUGGUGGAGGAUUUGAUGGUAAGCGGUUUCCUAACUACAAACUUUUGUGGCUUUUCAUCGCGCACAUAUUAAUUUGAUCUACAGUACUUCACGUUUCGAACUCUCGAAAGCUCUAUUUAUCCGGUGACAAGAUUGCCGAUAUGAGUGUUAAAAUUCAAUUGGCUGAACUCAACUUUGAUUGGGUCGAAGGCAAUCUAUCCCCAGCUUUCACCUGGAAGUCAAGAAACAGCGUCGCACCCUCCUCCAAGAACCAAACUCUCAAAUACGUCGACAACGACCUCAGCAGAGCCACCGUCAUCGGCGAACAAUCCAUCAUGUUCUACCUCGAAUGCGUCUACGCCUUUGAAACCAAAACCCCCACCCACGGGGAUCUCGCCCGCCAAUUCACCCGCUUUGAUCAAUGCCGCACUCUCCUCAGUCGAUGGCGAGCCGUCCUCUAUACCGCGAAGCCCUUCCUUCGCGAAAUGGAAAUCUGGGAAGGGUAUGCGGCGGAACAUGAGUUCAUCGCGUCCGACAAGAUUUCGGUCGUGGAUUAUGCCGUCUUCCCUAUUCUUCAUGAAAUUUAUACUGAGCGACCGGACAUGGCGGCUGGCUAUGAUCGUUUGGCGGAGUUGUAUCAGAGGUUACUGGCGAGGGAAAGUAUUGCGUCGUUGAUUGAGGAGGAGAGGGUUAAGGAUGGGAAAUGAAUGGAUAGAUAAAGGAGUCUAUGGAUUCUUUGGUGGGUUGCGUGGUUGUAAGUGGAAAUGAACGGAAGGAUGGAUGGAUGUUUAUAGGAAGGCUAUCUCGGUACGUAUCUUGGAUGGCGGAAUAUUGGGAGUAUAUAGAUUGCAUGGUAUGCACUGGAGUGGAGUUUUCUUU